CAGGCAGUGUAGAGUAAGGCGUGACGAUGGGAGGGUGUUGACGGCGGCCGUUCUUCGUGUGUGCUGGGCGUUUGCAGUGGUUGUGACAGUGAUGAGACGUGCGGUGAUGUGGUGGGUGUGGCUAUGUGCCGUGACCGUGCUCCUGGCGAGGGGGGCGGCGGCGUGCAGGCUCGGGGGCAGGAUCUCUGGGAGGAUGGAGUGCGGGGUGGCAGGCUCCCCGUACACCGUGACGCAGGACGUGGAGGUGUCCCGCGGGGCUUCCCUCGUCUUCAGACCCGGAGUGACCGUCAUGUUCGACCCCGGGGUGGGCAUGACCGUGAGAGGAACGCUGGAGGCUGAGGGCACGGAGCUUCAGCGCAUAACCUUCACUAGUAGCCAACCGCCCGCCGUCCAGCCCCCCGCCCCCGCCCUUCGCCUGGUGGAUGGCCCAACUCCCAUGCAGGGCAGACUACAGAUCUUCUACAAGGACGAGUGGCGCUCCAUCUGUACCAAUUCGAGAAACUGGACGGCGGCGGACAUGGGCGUGGCGUGUCGGCAGCUCGGGUUCAGCGGCGGGAAGUACUGGGAGUGGCAGGACCGCGCCAACAAUGACACCAAGACGCUGCUCUACCAGGCGCCGCGCUGCUCGGGGCUCGAGGGCGACAUCACCAAGUGCGCCUGGCAGACUCACGCGAUGGGCGGCGGCGUGUGCGACAUGCAUCCAGACCUUGGCGUGGACUGCGACCCCUACCAUGCCCUCUGGCGCGGCACUAACCACUGGCGGGGCAUCCACUUCCAGGACGCAGAGUACGAGGGCCAGCUCUUCCAGAACACGCUCUACCAGAAGGUGUCCAAGUCAGUGUUAAGCUACGUGGACAUCGAGUACGCGGGGAUGGGUCCGCAGCGGGAGGUUGUGUCCGCCGUCAUGACCCGCAGAGUACCGCCCCGUCUGCGUCACGUUACGGUCACGAACAGCGCUUUCAACGGCAUCAAUGUGACCCUGCCCGGCACCUUCCUGCACCUCGAACACGCCGUACUCAAGGAAAAUGCAGGGCAUGGGCUGUAUGUCAACACCUCAACCGGGUCCGUGCUGGUUGACCGCAGCUCCGAGGUGGCUGACAACCAGGCUGACGGCAUCAAGUACAACUUCCACCACCGGGAGCCAGACAAGUCAGCCUCGGACACCUUCCAGGACUUCUGUGCGGGGGCGUCCAACCUCAACCAAGCCUACCCGGUGGUGAUUGUGGCUACCCAAGACCGGUUAUCCCACAACGAGCUGAACUGUGAGAAGCAUUUUGUGAUACGGGACACGGCUUUCGUCUUCACUGUACACUUCUCGUACAUGCAAGCGCAGGAGCUCAACGCAGGAACAGUGGAAGUCAGGGACAGGGACAAGGACGGGAGAGUCUUGACCAAGUUUGACCUGCGGAACAACACCUUCCCGCCCUCUGUGGUGUCCCGAGGCAACAGGUUAUGGAUCAAGGUCACCGCCAAGCCCCGCCAGCUGUCCUUUAUCUUCAUGGAGGUCGUGGCCAGCAAGUACAAGAUGUACGACCUGAGCCUGAGGGACAGCAUGGUGCGCAAUAACAGUGGUCACGGGGUGGCUAUCGACUACAUGCGCAGCCUCGUCCACGUCCACCGCUCGAACCUCACCCACAACUACUUCGGCUCGGGGCUCAACGUGCGGCAGGGAGCAGGCGACGUUAAUGUGACGCACUCCACCAUUAUGCAUAACAUCGGCGACGGCGUGAACAUAACAUACGAGGGAGGGCUGCAGAAUGUCACCUGGAGCACUGUGGCGGCCAACAAGCUUCGUGGUAUGGCCGUGUGGUUCAAUGAGAGUGGUCAGAAUACAGGGAUUCACCAGGAGACGGCCGUUGCGUACUCGACGGUCUCGGAUAACUUCGACGUCGGGUUACGCGUUGGAAAUUUCUGCCGGGCAUCCUUCAUCAACAUCAGCAGCAAUACGUUCGCCGAGGGUCGCGCCGCCGCCCUAGAGAUCGAGUCCUGCUGGAAGCGUGGCAGCGAGGGGCGCACGGUUCAAAUCGGGCAGAACAUGUUUCGGGAGAACCGUCGCCUGGCCGUCAAAAUCUCUCCAGCCGUCAACAUGAACCUCACCAUCGAGUAUAAUGAGUUUAACGACAACCACAGAGGGACGGUUCUGAUCUACAAUGAGGAUAAGGUCGAGUUGCCCGUCCUGCCGUUCUUAGGGAUGAUGAACCGCAAUAAUUUCCGCGGGAACACCGGAUGGUACGUCCUUCGUCUUGGGCUGUCCUUGCGCGGCCUGGACCAGAGCAUGCGGGUGGAGCGUAACAUCAUCAAAGGGAACACCGUGGAGGAGCUGUUCCCGGCAUUCCACUCGCGUAGCCGUGCCUCGGGGGUGGUGUGCGUCGCCUCAUCAAACAUAAUCCUCUACCGGAACCUCCUGGAGAACCCUGACUCGCGGUACGAACUCGCGUCGCACACCACAGACCAGAGCAACCCCAUCGUGGCCACACACAACUGGUUAGGCAGCAAGUUCGAACGGGAGAUUUUCCGGCGGAUUCUCGACCGACGGGACCUGUACAACUUAGCCCUGGUGCAGUUCCAUCCAUAUCUCCUGAGCGACAACAACGUGGAAACUCCAGUGAUGCAGGAUGGCCCGGAGAGUGAGCCAGAGUUCUUUGACCCCUCUGACUCCCACAUCAUCGGAGGGGAGGUCAACGGGGAGGUUACAUUACGUGACGGGCUUUACACCGUCACCCGAGACAUCUACGUCCACAAAACCGGCACUCUGACCAUCGCGUUCGGCACCACGCUGGAAUUCGCCGAGGGUAUGGGCAUGAUGGUCGCCGGGUUACUCCGCACGGAAGGCUCGGGCAGUAAGGAUGUUAAGUUCACCCUGCAAGGCACCACAGCGCAAGAGGAGGUGCUGGAGAGGGCCGCGUACUUCCCAGAGGAGGAGGGAGGCGCAACGGCCCUCAAUGUCACAGGGAACGAGACUUUGACGGAGGUGCACACGCUCAACUUGACGAGGGAGGGAGAUGAAGCCCCGACCGUCCCCUUCAAGCUGAUGGGCGGCAGGGACAGUCUGGAGGGGCGGCUCAUGGUGUGGGUGGACGGCCAAUGGGGGACAGUCUGCAACCACGGCUGGAACCAAGACGCAGCAGCCAUCGUGUGUCACCAGAUGGGCCUUGUGCUCAACCCCGAGGACUGGGAUCUUCAACCUAGUCAGCUGCCGUCACAGGGCCAGACCAACCCCAUCCUUCUGAGCAACGUUCAGUGCGAUGAAUUUGACACUGAUUUCACUAAGUGCCGAAGCGAUCAUUACUGGGAACUCGAGAACUCUUGCACCCAUAAUGAGGAUGUCGGACUACGCUGCUACCCGGGGUCUUGGGCGGGCAUUCGGCUGGGCAUGACGGCGCACGAAAGCCACAUGAAGGGCGUGAUCAUCGAGAAAGCCGGCCUCUUUGACUACACGACCAGGACCUUCAAACCAGCACUUCAGAUAGACUUCCACCACCACGUUAUACAAGAUGUGGAGGUGAGGAACAACCUCCAGGAUGGGGUGGGCGUGAUGUACAGCAACCAGUACGCCAUCACCAACCCCAGCGCCAGGGUGUUCCAGGGAUGUACGUUUUCUGGGAACAGGCGACACGGCAUUACCCUGAAGCAGCUGGGUGUCAAUAUUACUGCAUCCAGCCUGCAGCGCAACGACGGGUCCGGACUGCACUUCAACCCCUUUGUGUCCAGGGCGGAGCAGAGGGAGCUGGCGGGCUGGCUCAAGCUACAACAGGACAAGUACUACACGAUACCAGAUGGGCCCAAGAGCAUGAGACUGGAGACCAACCUGCCCCAGUACUUCAUCACCAAGACCCUGAGAGGCAGUGACGUCCGGGCCACCAUCGUUAUUUCGACGUCGCACUCCAAUGUAAUCGGCAUUCAGGUGCUCAACCCGAUAUCGCCUGAUAGCACUGAGCAGUUGGUUAUUUACGACUACCAGGAGGUCAUCGAGAGCCAGGACAUCGCUCGCUGGGACCUCCGAGGGGACCAGGUUGCCUUCCCCACCACCUCCAGCACCUACGCCAUCACCAUAGACUACAGCUCGGGACCCUUUGCCCUCGGGGACAUCAUUCUGCUCCUCACCGCUGUCGAUAGAAGGGACAUCGCGCAGGCUGGUGACCUCAGGAACUUCCGAGCCAAGUGGCCACUGACGUAUAUCGACCAGACACGCAUCAAGAACAACGACAUUGGCAUCUCCACCCUUCACUACAACAGGUACUUGACAGACGAUGGCGACCACUUGCUGCGCUGCGCCAACGAGAGCAUCAUGGUGGUGGGCUCGCAGAUCACCAACAACCAGAACCAGGCCUUCUACGCGCUGUCCCCCUUCAGGGUUCGCAUGGACAAUAAUGACAUGGCGGAGAUUACGUUCAUGUUUAACAGGACGACGAUCUCCGGGAACGGCCGAGGCAUCGAUCAGUAUAGCUGGGACAUCCGAGAAUCCAACAACCUCUUCCACUGGGUGCUGGAGGAGGUGGUCAUGGAAAACAACGGAGGGGGUGGCGUCGCGCUGGCCCUCCCCUACGUCUGGCAGUACACGGAGAACUUCACCCACACCGUCUUCGUCAAUGCCUCCACAUUCCGCGACAACGCCCAGUUCAGUUUCGUAGUCGACGGCCACUUCGCACGGUUCAACAUGACGCACUCCGUUUUCGAGCGGAAUGUGUGUCAGCGCGGGUUGCUAUCGGUGCAGGGGAUGGAAAAGGAAAUGUUCAUCCACAACAAUCGCAUUGAGUCCAACAUGGGGUCGUACAUGGUGGAGUUCAACACUAACAGCCAGAGCGGGAUUCUUGGGUCCGUCUUUGCCUAUUUUGAGUACAACCGUGUCCAAAAUAACAAGCCUGUGUCCAUCACCCGGAGUUCGGCGUCGCGUGCCCACCAGCCGGAUAGCUAUACCGUCGCCGUGCGUGGAUUGCAGAAGGUCAACAUUACGCAUAAUCUUCUGGGGUACAACAAGAUGAAUUACGAGCUGCUGGCCGGUCUGUACUCAUCACGCGUCAAUAAUUACCUAAACGCCGAAGCUAACUGGUGGGGGACACGUCAAGCUCAAGAAAUCGAGGAGUUGAUAUUCGAUUUCGACGACUGGAACAAUUUCGCACUUGCCGACUACCUUCCGUAUCUCAUUGACGACAGCAUCUCCGCUCGAGUGUCAUCCGUGGGCUCAUCCGCCGCUCAGGAAACCACCGAUCUCACCCAACCCUUAGGAGGACGAUUACUACAUGAUCUACGGUUGCCAAGGCGCUCGGAACCGUACAUCGUCAAGGCCGAUUUGACCGUUAUGCCCGGAGUGGCGCUGGUUGUCGAAGCCGGGGCUACCCUUGAGUUCUUCCCGAGUGUGGGGUUGUUAGUCCUGGGCCGCCUGGAUGCUGUCGGCACCAAGGACAAACGGAUCAUCAUGCGCCCAGUUGACCCUAAUCGAGCUAUGCAGUCUAGGGGCCGGCGACAUGUCAAGACCACGCUGGAGGCUGUGAGGCUUUGCGUGGAGGGGGAGUGUGACAACAGGAGUGAAGGGUUCCUGGAUAUCUACAAUGGCACUACGAAACAAUGGGUGCCAAUCUGCGACGACCGGUUUACCGAGCGCAACGCGGAGGUGGUGUGCCGCCAGCUGGGCCACAACAUUGUCAACACCUUCCACGGGCGGAACAAGCGGACCGAGAUGUUCCCAAAUGCCCUCAUCCGUGUCCGCUCCUGGCCUGACCCCAUACAGUGCGAGGGCACCGAGAACGCCCUCAACGAGUGUUCCCUGCGGAUGAACGGACAGAUCUUCGACCACACCUACGACUGCCCCUGGAAUGGAGACUUUGUUUACAUAUCCUGCGGCGACCUGAACCUCCAAGACCCUGAGAUGGACUACUGGGGUGGCAUAAGGUUCUCCAUCCCCAACUUCGAACACACGAACAUUUACAACCGAAUCCACGACAGCGAAGCCCCUCAUCACGCGCACGCCCACCCCUUAGUCCACGGCGAACCCCACACCCCAAUCUACCCGUCCCUGCUGGAGUGGGUGGAGGUCAUAGGCGCGGGCAUACUCCAUAAUGAUAAGUCGCCUGCCAUCCUUUCCUUCCACGAGACGCCUCAUCUUCGAGGGGUGACCGUGAGGGACUCAGCGUACGAUGGUCUGACGUUGAUCUCGGCCACGUACGGUUUUGAGAUGCUGUAUAAUAGAUUCGAAAACAACCUCGGCGUGGGUGUGACCUUGCUCGGCCUGACUGGGGAGACACGGGAGACCGAGGAGUCAUCAUUCUACCCCCUGGGCAAGGUGCGGCUCCCCUACCACACCUUCGGGAUGGUGGACAUGUGCGACUCGACCAAGGAGCUGAGGAUUGAGGAGCGGGUGUUGCUGUACUAUAAAUAUGACAACCGCCCCGUUGAUUGCAUCAAGAUAUUUUCCUCCGUUUUCAAUGUGAAGAACUUUGGUUUUAGACUGCUCCACAUGAACCUGUACGACUCUACAUUCGCCGGCGCAUCUCAGGUCCACGAUCGGCUGGUUCUCUACGACGGGGAUAUCUAUAACUACACGACCCAGGCCUUCGCAGAGAUCAGCGCUCGGUCAGGCAAUCAUAUGAGGUUCUUCAAGACGGCUGGGACCAGUUUGUCGGUAGAGCUGCACGCCACGGGAGCCUCCGGUGACCUCGGCUUUGUGGCGGAGGUCGUGUCCCUGCCGAUUUCGGAUUUGGGCAUUAACCGGAACAUCCUCCAGAACUUCACCUACAACGAGUACUACAACAAUGUCGAGGGCGCCAUCUUCGCGGCCACGGCGGGGGAGGUCAACCCUUGGCUCUGCUUCGCCUACAGCCGCUUAGAGCACAAUGGCCGGCAGCUCUACGGGAAUUUUACCACCACGAGAGCAGCCGUCCACCUCGAUGUCCAGAAUAUACAGGAUGUUUACUUUAAGAACAAUCUCGUCCACAACAACACCGGCGGGCUGUACAUCUAUGCUGGGUCGAUUGGGGCGGCCACUAAGCUCCAAGCCAACGUCACCAACAACCUCUUUGUGGGCACCAAGCACUGGCAGGCUCUCUACAUGGCCUCAAGGGAGAACUCUGCCUACCAGCACGCCCUCAUAGCCUACAAUGACUUCAGCUGGUCACUCUCCCCCUACCAUGACGUCAUUACAUUGGCCCAGGUUGUGUCGGUCUUCACGCACAACUAUGCUCACAGCAACAUUGGCCGCCACAUCCUGGACAUCUAUGGCUUCCAGAAAGUGCGCCUGCCAGUGUACCAGACAACCUCACACAACAGCCUGGCCAAGAAUGUGGCGCGUGACCCCACCUACCAGGGCACCAUCAUUGCGGGCAGCGCCGGACAGCAGUUCGUGGACAAUGUAUUCUAUAACUGGGACAACGCAUAUGAGCUUGUGGCCGUCAAUGAGUCUGUACGCUGCAACAUAUCCACCGAGUGCACAGACACACCAGGCUACAGAGUGGAGAGGGUAGGGGUGGUGGAGGAGAGGUCCGACGUGUGGAAGACCCCCAUAGACGCACGCAGCAACUGGUGGGGCUUCAACACCUCCGUGGCGGUGUCUGGGCGCAUCCACGACAAGACGGAUGACGAAACGCUCCUCCACGUUGAUUACAGCAACUGGAAGAAGAACAAUUUCUCACUGCUCCAAGGGUGCGAGCCCGGCUACACCCUCAUCGGGGACUCCUGUUACUUAUAUAUUGGGGCGCCCGUCACUCACCAGGAGGCCAAGGAGUUCUGCCGCAGGGACAACGCCUCGCUCCCCUUCCUGCAGAAAUGGUACUGGGAGGUGCAGCACUGGUUGAAGGAUCAGCAACCGGAAUACUUGUGGGAGUCCGACAUGGUUUGGGUACAGCAUCUGGACGUCAUCAGGGGUUGCGCCGCAUUCGUCUACCGACAAGUCCGCUCGGUUGACUGUAAUCUCAAGCUGCCCUUCAUCUGCGAGUCUGACGCAGACGAGACCAUAGACCGGCUGGCGUGGGCUUCAGACCCCCUCGCUGUGGCUGCCAUAGCGAUGACCAUGGGCUGCCUCAUCCUGGUGGCUGCCUGUGUGUCCUGCUGGGCGUGCAAGUCAAGGGAGCGUCGCAAAGAGAGGAUCAUACGACGUAACUCCAUCCGUGCGUCCAUCCGCUCCAACCGCUCAGCCAUAUCCACAUCCACGACAACCGGCGGCUUCAGCGACCUCACCCGGCGGAGGAUAAUAGAGGACCCCCAGCGCGCUAUGCCCAUGAAGGGACAGGAGGCCGUGGGCGGGGCUGCCAGGAUGAACGGGCUAUCGGGAUCCUUUGACUCCAUCGCCAAGUCUGGCCUCAACUCCUCCCUGGAUGAAGACCCGAGCUAUGUGGUGUAUGAAGAGACCACGCCCUCCAUCCCCCCUGGCUACUCCUCGCACUUGGAUGAUAGGUUCUCCGGCGACCCCCAGCUUGAGAAUCAGAAUGUGAAUGAGAUCCUCCACCCGAGCUUCGCCAUAACCUUCCAAAACCAGGGCUUCCUCGACAACUCCGCCUUCCCCUCACGUGAAAACUCGACCUUUAUGCCACAAGCCGUGUCCGACCAGUGGCACCACCCUGACCAGCAGCCCGCAAGUUUUGGCCAGCACUCUUUCACAACGUAUGGCCACAGCCCCAGCCUGCCCCCCCUCCACCACCACCAGCCUGUCGGGCCCUUCCCUCCCCCACCCACCAGGAGGGACUUCCUGGGUGAAAGCUACCAGCAAAGUGCCAGCACUCCACUUGUGUUCCAAAGUGACCCCCUGUGGUCCUUCCAAGGUGGUGCAUCCAGCCUGCAGCCGGAGGAGUCCUCGCUGCGUGGCUCCACCAUGCAGCUUGCCGGGAGCAGCAUCACCACAGACUCCACACUAGAGAUGAAGAAGGAGCCUGAGGACCCCCACCUGGCAGCCACACUGCCCCGUGACCAGGCGCCGCCCUUCCAGUACAUGUCCGUCAACGCUCUGCCCAGCGGACGCUCACACUCUGACUCCGAUGACUCCACACAAGGAUACUUCUCGGGGCGGUCCCAGAGUCAGCCGCUGGAGACCGCCAUGUGAGGCCUGACCGUGGCGGACCAGAGUGACUCCAUGUGCCUGGCUCCACAACACAAUGAGUGGCAGUGAGUGGUGUGUCAGGAGUGUGACAGACUUGCAUGGUGCAGCAAGACACAGCCAUCAGUGGCAUCUCACUUCCUGAGGUCACGAAUGGAUCAAAUGGACUCGCCUCUGAGCGUUCCCCUGUAGAACACAUUCCACUGCAGGAGCAAGUGAUUUAAUCUCCUCCAUGCUGACGAGGCUGACUUAUUUUCCUCAAGUUUCUGCUUUGACUCAUGUGUUAUUCAAGUGGUUAUCAGUUAGGGCAGCCUCUGAGUACUGUACAUAGAAUCUAUAAUUGCAUCAUUGUGAAAUAUCUGCCUCUUCCUUCAUCAAGUUGGUGAGUCAGUAGUGAGUCACUCUUUAGAGUUUUAUAACAAAACAAUUUCCUGAGUCAGGGCAACGUGCAAUCUUUGCAUCACAAGAUGACUCCCUUGCUUGCUUAGUACGUAUAUCAGUGCUGCAACAAUGUCGAGGCUCGGUGGAGAGCAUUUAUAGACAGCAUUUACAAUCUUUUCAGUUGACAAAACUUGCUUCUGUUGAUUGUAUAAUUUCAAACAGCAAGCAAAGGAAGAAAGCAAGAAGCUACACAUGCAAUGGCAUGUUCCUAUUUUAAAAGCAUUUAUUGGAGUUGAGGAGAAUCAUUGUCAGCCGAGUGUACAUAUCAUGACUUGGGUCACAAAGGAUCACUGAGCAUCCACAGAACUUGGGUCACAAAGGAUCAGCUGAGCAUCCACAUAACUUGGGUCGCAAAUAGGCAGUGGAUCAUGUGGGCAUCCCUGCCAUGACCAGGGUCACAGUUUGGCAAUGGUUUAGCAGAUCGCUGCAGCUAGUGCUGUACAGCUGCCCGAGGUGUGGUGGGAGGCAGCUGAGGGUGGGACAGAGUUGCUCAAACGCCAGUGACUGAACUGACGCACUCAAGACACUAGUGGAGCCCCUUGGGCCUUCACUUUAUAGAGGCAACACUGCUGUGUUGUAAGUGUGUUGAAGACUGUUUGGUAGUGUACCUUUCCUACACACUUGUACAUAGUUAAUCAUCCUGAAGAUAAUCACAUGUGUGAAUGCUGGCGAGGCUUAUCAAGUUACUGAUAGCAGCGUGGAAGAGAGGAGUGGUGAGAGCUGGGAGAGGACGGGAAGGAAAGAGGACCAUUCCCACGCCCUCAUUUUAUAUUUAUGACUUCCUAAGUCUUUACUGUUUUAUUACUGUGUGUGUAUUUACUGAUUUGUGUGUGUAUGUGUGUGUGUGUCUCAACCUGUCCGUCCAUAUGUGCCUUGUUCAUGAGUGUGUGUAUGUGUAUGUGUGUGUGUGUGUGUGUGUGUCCUUAGUCCCUGAGUGUGGGUACAUCUGUAUACAUGUGAGUGUUCUCCGUGCAGCAGCAGCAGCGAGGUGGUUGGUGCACUAAAGAAAAAUACUACUGUGCACCAAAGAGAAAUAUUAGCAUGCACUAAAGAGACAUGUAAAUACUGAAACUUAGUGAGAGAAUGAAGACACAACUAGACUAUUAUGACGCUUCUCUGUCCACCACCCACAUAGACAAUUGCAGCAUGUGUGUGUGUGUGUGUGUGUGUGUGUGUGUGUGUGUGUGUGUGUGCACCUAGUCACUGUACAUACCCAGGCAUCGUUGUCACGUGAUGGUGUUGGUCUCCUGGCCGAGCACUGUUCCUGCCCACCACCGGGGAGGCGCUGGCACUGUGGGGCGGCCGGGCAAGGGAGGAGCUGUAGGGGGCUAUGCUGUUCACACCUUCAUGUCUGUAGAGGAAUCGCGGCACUGUAUAUUCCUGUUUAUUCACAUCAUUACAAAUUUAAAGUGUGUAUAGGUUGGCAUUGUAUUAGCAUAGGUGAUUACCCUGCUUUAUGUCAGCCUAUCCCAGCCUCCCCUCCCUGGCCUGAGAUGCCCCCUGUGUGGCACUCUCCUCUGGCAUCCCUGUCGUGCCUUGCAAGCAGCACAGUGCCUUCUGCUGGUCCAACACGAGAAUGAGUAUCUCUGUUGUGCCGCCGUGAGCAAAGUUCCUGGCUUGUUCCGUCACCACCCAAGGCCUUAUUGGUGUUUUUGCAAUGAAUGGACAUGAUCACACUAAAAAAAGUAUAUGUGUUCUCGUGUAGCAAAGGAAGAAUGCUGUCCACUUAUAGAUUAUUUGUGAAUGUUAACUCUAAAUCAUCCCUUCAUAUUUCUGAUUUACUUUCGUCUUUGCUAUUUUAAGGAAUGCUUGAUAUAGUGAGGGUCCUGUCGCUGUGUUCACGACGUAACCGAGAAAUGUUCUCACGUAAGCAAGGAAAUAUUUUAGCCUUCGGUAUGAUUGGUUCUCAGCUUAGCACUACACUGUUCAAUUCUUAUGUGAUGUUGGCUGGUUAGUGUGUGUGUGUGUGUGUGUGUGUGUGUGUGUGUGUGUGUGUGUGUCCAAGCACAUGAGAGAAAGAUGGCUGUUAGUAGGUCACAGAUUUUCUAGCAUAGUUUUUUAUACCUGUAAAUUUGUAUAAUAAAUUAUUUAAAUAAGA